AUUGGCAGAAAAGAUGGCGACCGAUCUAGCAGAAGACAGCGAUUUACAAAAAAAGCCGUUAAUAUUAAGUUGUCAAGUUGAGCAUAUAUCAUAUCGGGUUCUAAUCGCAUCUAUUCAAUAUCAAAAUAACACAUACCGAGGUGUUCUAUUAAAUUGCCAGACAGGAAAUUUACCAGGAACUUUAAAAAUCCCCAAUCUCGCCAUAUCGACAGAAAAGGACCCAUUUAGAAAUGUUGCCCUGAAAUGUGAAGGAGAAGUUCUAGAAAAAGGUAAAGCUGAAGUAUCCGCCCUGAGUCUACGACAUACCUAUAACAAAUCGCCCCUGAAAACGGAAGCAAACUUAUUAUCAGAGCCAAGAACGAAAAGAAUUUCCACAGAAUCACAAAAUUGUAAUUCUCAGUCUGCUACAUCUAUUUGCAAAAGAUUUAAAAUGGCUUCUAAACGAAAGGCCGAUGAGAAUACACCAAAAAGAAAGGUAAAACACCCAAGACUACACCAUUCUAUGGAAAAACCCAGAAUUUUCUCUUCACCCUCUAAAUAUAGAGCCAAAAAUAAGGAAUAUAAUUGUGAAAAUGAUAUUCUGUCAAAUGAGAAUUGCAAUCGUGUUGUAUGGGCUAAAUUGCAUGGCUAUUCGUGGUGGCCUGGCAGGAUAUUGGAGACGAAAUCAACUAAAUAUAGCAUAGGUUGGUUUGGUUCAACCAAAAUGUCUACCUCGAUGCCUAAAAAACGUGUCUGCUCAUUUAUUGAUAAUUUCCACAAGCUCUUCAUACCGGAACGGGACGGUAAUUAUAAGGAAGCAGUCUCCGAUGCCCUAACCUUUCUAUCACCAACCUUGACAAUUGACCAAGUUCUAAAGCUUAAAAAGCUUUAA